AUGGCGGAACAAGCAGAAAGAGCUUUUGCGCGAACGUUCUUGAACACGCUAUCGACACAGCCGAUCACGUACGAGGACGAUUAUCAGCAGCCUCUCCAGUAUUCCCUCAAGAGGGUUCCUGUUCUGCCCAUAGCCGUACCCCCUCCUCCUAAACGUAAACCCCUCGAGGCAUCCGGUUCUUCAUCCGCUGCCCUCUCACUCGUGUUCAAGUCCCUGAAACCAUCUGCUAGCUUCACCCUUUCCGUGCAGCCCACCGACACCAUCGCGACUAUUAAAGCGCAGCUCUCAUCCACACACCCAUCCGCACCACCCCCUGACGCCCAGCGACUCCUUUUGAAAGGAAAGGCACUCGCAGACGCGAAGCUCCUCAAGGAAUACAGCAUCAAAGACGGCGAUACGCUCAAUCUUGUUGUGAAAUCAGGAUUUAAUUGGAAUCCAAACGCACCUGCCCCAUCGGCUUCGACAGAAACCAUGUCCUCCGCUGCACCUCCUAACCCCUUCGGCUCUGCCAAACUUGAACCCAAUCCAAAGCCUUCCCGAGGAAAGCACCAGCGCAUACCAUCCGUCGUGCUGUCGCCUUCGCCGUCAUCUGAUAGUCCGGGAGCGGUGGAGAAGGAUAUUAUGUUGACUCUGGACACAACGGACAUACAGAGCCAGGCUGUUCCGUCGGAAACGCUCUCGACGUAUCACCAAACGGUUUCGCAGCCCGAAUUCUGGGAACGACUAUUUGCUUUCUUGAAGACCGAGUUCACGACAGAAGGAGAUGCAAUUCUUGCAUUCGAAGAUUUCCUAUGUGCAACGAAAGGCUCGCUUACGGCCAGUGAAAUUGCGAAAAUUCGUGAUACAACAGGCGUGGUUGGGAUGGCUGGGAUAUGA